AUGAUUAGAGCCUAGCAAAGAAUGAAACUCAAGGCCAAGCGAGAGUCUUGGGGAUACAAACUUCUCAUGGCUAUUCCAAGAAACUUGGUCUAUGUCUUUGUUUUCAUUAUAGCAUUUGCCUUUACUGGUAUGUUCUAUGUUGUAUACACAGGCAAGAAUAUGAGUUAGUUCUUAAAACAUGAACUGCAAAUAAAUGAAAACCUGAUGGAGCAUCCACUCUUCUACUUCUUUCAGAAUAGAAUCAAAGUUGAUGAUCAAAUAAUCAAAAAGUAGUUAGAAGAUUUGAAUUCAUAGUACUUCUAUAAAAAUCAUCUGACACAAAAUAAACCAAUGGUUGUAGAAGAUGGAUGUAAAAAGUGGAGAGCAUUAGAUAAAUGGAAUGAUAUAUAUUACUUGAAGAGAGAAUACGGUCUUUAAUCCAUCGUCAUCAAUAAGUUAGAUAGACCUAAGAUUGGGAAUCAAAUCAACCGCAACGCAAACUAUCACUAUAGUUCCUAAUCCUCCAAAAGAAAUAGCUUUACCUAGUACUUGAAUCUUACUACUACUGAUAAUGAUAAGACUGCAAUGUAUUUCUUGAAGAAUGAAAUGAUUGUGAGUAGAAAUUUACAAAUGGACUACGAGAAACCAUAAUUCAUCACUAAAAUACUCAGAAACAGAAUGACUGGCUUGACCAUUUGGAAUGAUUUCAUCAGACAGCCAGAGUUUAAAAAUAGAGAGAGAUAUCUCUGUGUGAUUUCAGGAACUGAAGAUUUCAGAUUAGUUUCACCCAUCUACAAAUAAAGCAUAUACUCUGGCGUUAUUGAGGAAUUAGGGCCAACUGAAACUCCUAUAGAUUUCUUCAAUUAUUCCUCAUAGGACAAAUUCCCAUUAGCCAAAAAAAUUAGAGUGCUAUCAGCAAGACUCGAAAAGGGAUCAUGCAUAUAUGUACCAGCAUUCUGGUGGGUUCAGACUAGCACAGUAUCUGAAAAGACUAUUAUGCUUACUUUUGAAUACGAAUCACACAGUGAACUCACAUCACUUCUAUUUGAAGCAAUUGACAAAGGUAUCUUAGAUGAGUGA